UUUUUAACAAAAAGAAUGAAAUUUGUGGUGAGUCUUUACUUUAUUCUAUGUUUUGCUUCUUCCAUUCUCAUUGUAAUGGCUUUAGUACAAAGAACACAUCAUAUGUUUGGAAGUGAUGAAUACCAUGUUCGUGUGAUUAAUGGAUUCACUGAUAAUUCUUCUGUUCCUUUAGUCAUUUGGUGUUCAUCUGAGGAAAUGGAUCUUGGUGGUCGUGCUUUGCAAGAACAUGAUGAAUUUAGCUGGAUUAUGAGGCCCAAUUUUUGGAGUAGCAACUAUAUGAAGUGUACAUUGAAAUGGGAUAGGACAAGGAGGAGUUUUGAUGCAUUUAAGGCUUCUAGGGACACACAACGUUGUGGAUUACUUAGGUUGUGUUCUUGGAGGGUUACACAAGAUGGGUUUUAUUUUAGUAAUGAUGAAGUGAAUUGGAGAAAGGAUUUCAUAUGGUGAAUGAGUGAGUAAGUGUAUGAUAUGUGAUGCCAAGGUUUUCUCCUAGCUUGGAUUCACCAAACCAUGUAUACUAGUUUUGGCAAUAUGUUUAAUUGAGAUGUGAGGAACUAAUUUUGCAUAAUUAUAAGAGGGUGUAUGCUUUGUAAGAUCACAAUACCUAUUAUGUGUUGAAUCAUAUAUAAUAACAUUUAAGAUGUUUUUAAGUAAGCAAUGGUAGUUAAACAAGGUUGGAAUUUGAUGAGCAGUGGUAGCUAAAGUCUUCAAAGCUAGGUACUAUUCCAGAUCCUCUUUUUUUAGAAGCUAAUUAAGGAAAUAACUCAAGUUUUGUGUGAAAAAGUUUAUGGAAAAUUAGGAAAGUCUUGAAUCUUGGUUGUAGGUGGAAUAUUAUUGAUGGGAAUAAGAUUAAAGUGAUGAAUGAACCUUAACUAAGAGGUAAAUAAAAUGGUUGCUUAGGAGGGUCCCAAGGGCAAGGGGCAUAUGAUAUUAUUGUUAAUGAUUUAAUGCCGACAAAUAUUAAAAAGUGGUAUGUCUAGAAAA